CAAACGUCCCAUGUUAUACGAAACCAUACCGAACACCGUUUGCGCUCAGACCUAUUGUUACGAAUAUCAUAUCUGAGCUACUGGAAAACGACAUAAUUCGUCCUUCGGAUUCGCCGUACGCCUCGGGAAUCGUCAUCGUAGAUAAAAAGAAUGGAGAACAUCGUCUUUGCGUCGACUAUCGUCGCCUUAACAGUAUUACGGUCAAAAUUCCAUUUCCUAUGCCAAACAUGGAAGAGCAAUUCGCUCAACUAGCUGGAAACGUCUAUUUUACGCAACUUGAUCUACGUAUGGGAUACCAUCAAAUCGAGAUAAGUGAAUCGUCCAACCAGGCGUUUGUUACAGCUGACGGGCAUUACGAAUACAACAGAAUGGCUUUUGGACUCAUUAACGCUCCGGCAGUCUUUCAGUCGGUAAUGAACCAAAUCAUAAAACGUAUGGAACCAGGUGAGGUACUCGCAUAUUAAGAUGACGUAAUAAUCCCAAGUAAGACCUUCGAAUCUGGUAUGCAACGAAUUAAAAAGUUUUUCUCAAUCUUACAAGACAGUGGCUUAACCCUACGAUACGACAAAUGCAAGUUUCUGCAAUCCGAAAUUACGUUUUUGGGCCACAUAGUCAAUAAAGAUGGAAUAAAACCUGGCGAAUGUAAAAACUGCUACGCAAAACGGAGGCGAAUACAUUUAGUUGGGGAGAAGCCCAGCAACAUGCAUUUAAUGAAUUAAUCGAAAAACUAUGUAGCGAACCUGUUCUCACUCUAUACGAUUUUUCGGCUAAACACGAAGUACACACCGAUGCUUGUGCUUUAGGCCUAGCAGGAGUUUUACUACAGUUACAUAAUGACAAAGAUUGGCGUCCCGUUUGUUAUUUUAGUCGACACUGUACCAACGCUGAGAGUAAAUACCACAGUUACGCAUUGGAAACGCUUGCAGUAGUAGAAACACUCCAGAGGUUCAGAGUCUACCUUUUGGGAAAAUCAUUCCGUCUGGUGACGGAUUGCUCAGCUAUUGACAAGGUUAAAACGAAUAAAGAACUCAUUCCACAGGUGGCGCGCUGGUGGAUUAAAAUAAUGGAUUACGACUGUGAAUUUAUUCAUCGAGAUGGUAGCAAAAUGGCUCAUGUAGAUGCGUUGAGCCGUGCUCCAAAUUUACCCCCGGAAGGAUCACUAGAUGAAUUUGUUAGAACCAUAAUUUCAGAAAUCGACGACUGGUUGUUAACAAUGCAACUACAGGACAAAAUACUUGCCGAAAUAAUCGCAGUACUGAAGGGAAAGCGUCACAGUGAACAACUGAAGCAACUACUUAUUGAUUAUGUCAUCGAAAAUCAUCGCCUUUAUCGAAAAACGGAAAACACUAUCGCGUUUGUUGUGCCAAAGGCAGUUAGAUGGCGUAUUGUUAAAAGUUGCCACGAUGAUGUCGGACACUUCGGUCUUGAUAAAACCAUUGAGAGGAUUCAAAAACGAUUUUGGUUUCCAAAGAUGAGGAUAUACGUGAAGGACUAUAUUUCCACAUCCAUCCAAUGCUGCUACUAUAAGUCUAAAGGAGGAAAGCCUGAAGGUCGCAUCCAUUACAACGAUGUUGAACCAAAAUCCAAAAUCCCAAAAUCCAAAGGAUUGGGAUCUGACUCUUCAUAACCUUCAAUGGACCGUCAACUCGCAGAAAAACAGUACCACUGGAUUCAGUCCAAUUGAUCUCGUAUUUAAUUUCAACGCUAUUGAGCAGAACAACCUUACUGCAGCGAUACACGCAGAUCUGGAUAAGCCAUAUUCCAACGAAACCGUCACCGAAUUUCGAAGUCAAGCCGCAGCCAAUAUCGCAUCAGAACGAGCUAAAUGGAAGAAACGUUUUGACGCCAAACAUGCUAACCCCUUUGUUUAUUCCACAGGUGAUCUUGUAGUAGUAGUAGUAGUAGAAAACGAACCAGCCGCGACAGGUGAAUCGCGUAAACUGGAACCACGAUACCGAGGUCCUUAUCAAGUGGCCAAAAGCCUUGGAAACGAUCGUUAUUUAAUCAAAGAUGUCCCCGGCAUACAGGUUACAGGACGUAAAUACUGUUCUGUAUAUUCCUCGGAUAAGAUGAAACCCUGGUGUUCAAAUAUUCCCGAAUUGGAUGUAUCUGACGACGAAGAUACUCGAAUCGAGGGCGAUCCGAAUGCAGGAUUGGCCGAGCUGUCACCAGACAGUUCAUUAACAUACUGAUUCAGCCCUGGGCAAGCGACGUUAUGCUCUACCCCUGGUGUUAUCGAUAAGUAUCAAAGAGUUGGUAACAAAACGUUGACGAGAAAGGGUGCGAACGAAGAAGCUCCUACGAUCGGUGGUAACGAACGGCCACCACGAACGAAUCCAACGGCAUCGCCUUGCAAACGUCAUUUUAUUGUUAAGUCUCAAUUAGUUAAUAAACUUAUAUUAAUUAUCCACCUAAA